AGGAUUAGCGUAAAUUUAUUUUAUUGUUCAAAAAGGAAAAAUGGAUUAAACACGAGUAUUUAAAAUCAGUAACGUCUUCUUCAAAGGGAAGGGGUGCCACGUGUAACCGGUGACACCUCCAGUGUCCUAAUCUAUUACCGUUCCAUACAAACGGUGAGCCGAAACUUUACUUUUAUAACAGACAAAUUAUACAAACUUCUUAAAUUGUGACUUCAAGACACAAUUUAAUUCUAAUAAUAUUUCUUCAGUAAGUGGUGAUACUAUAUUCGGCGGAUAUAACUUGCUUUUGAUCUCAGAAGACUUGAAUCAUGGAAUUUGACAACUUGAACGAGGAAAACAGCAGUACACAAGCUUUACAUGUGUCUAAGAAGAAAAAGAAGCGACAACAUGUUUGUAUUUAUGGAUUUCUGAUAGCUGCUCUAAUAGGAAUCAUGAUUGGAUUAGCCGUUGGAAUACCUUUAGCAAAGCGUGAUUCUCCAGAUCAGAAUCUACAAGAAGCUCAAAAUGUACUAAAACAAUACCCUUUAAUUGAUGGUCACAACGAUUUACCAUGGCAAUAUCGACAAUAUGUUCAAAACAAAGUCUACGAAGUAAACCUAAGAGCAGACACUAGAAUACAAUGGACAAACACAACAAAUAUGACUAGUUAUGACUUUCCUAGAUUACCACCACAAACUGACAUUCCAAGAUUGAAGCAAGGCAUGGUUGGCGCUCAGUUUUGGGCAGCUUUCGGACCAUGCUCUGCAACUGGAAAGGAUGCAAUACGUAUUGGUAUGGACCAAGUUGAUGUGAUCCAUAAAUUUGUUAACAAGUAUGAUGACACAUUUGAACUAGUGACAACUGCACAAGGUAUACUUGAUGCAUACCUCUUAAGGAACAGAAUUGCGAGUCUGAUUGGUUUAGAAGGUGGUCACAUGAUUAGUAAUACAUUGGGUGUUUUGCGGUCAUUUUAUUCAUUAGGAGUUAGAUAUAUGACAUUAACUCACAGUUGUGACACUUCAUGGGCAGAUAACUGGAAGCAAGAUUUAAACCUGACUGGUUCACGACGUGGUUUGUCGCCAUUUGGAGAGAUUGUUGUCAAAGAGAUGAACCGCCUCGGUAUGAUUAUAGACCUGGCUCAUGUAGCUAAACAGACAAUGAUUGACGCCAUUAAAACAUCAGCUGCACCGGUCAUCUUCAGUCAUUCGUCAGCUUUUGAAAAAUGUGAACACUACCGAAAUGUACAGAACGAUGUUUUACAGUUGUUGAAAAACAAUGCUGGUUUGGUAAUGGUUAAUUUCUACGACGGGUAUAUCAGUAAAGGAUGCCUUCCUGUUAAUGCCACAGUAUCAACCAUGCAGCACGUGAUUGGUCACAUAAAUUAUAUAAAAGACUUUAUUGGUGUAGACUAUGUCGGUAUUGGUGCAGAUUACGACGGCGUUCCAACCCUACCAGUUGGUUUAGAAGAUGUAUCAAAGUAUCCGGAUUUGUUUGCAAAACUCAGACAAGGUGGAUGGUCUACCGAUGAUCUUAAGAAAUUGGCGGGAGAAAACUUUAUACGGGUGUUUAAAGAUGUCGAAAAGGUUAAAGAGAAUCAAAAGACAUUACAACCAUUCGAGGACUUUUUACCAGAAGAGGAAGCUGUUCCAGACCGCAUGUGUUAUACAUCGUUCUAAAGCAAAAGAUGAUAUAUUACAUUUAAGUUUAGAUUUUAGAUAUGACGCUAACAGUAUAUUUUGUAAACUGCAAAAUCAAAAUGACGACAUAAUAAAAUCAAAUCUUUUAAAAUAUUAAAUCAACACUUACAGCUCUGUAUAUAUGUCAACUAAACUUGUAAUAAGAAAGAACAAUUUAUGAAAAGUAACAUGAAUUUUAUAUAUGCACUAAUAUAUAAUUUUAUCAUAUGUUUAGUACAAAAUACAGCAAUAAAGGCCCUCUGGCUGAUAUUGGUAUCUCAGGAUGAUACGGCAUAUGAUACGGAUUUUGUCAUGUAUUAUUCUCUAUAUAUAUUCUAGUACAAUUCUAUAUAUAAUCAUAAACCAAGUGAGAAUCACAUAAUAAUUAUAGUGGUCGCAAUCUUUUUGUUAUUAAUUUGUCAAUAAUAUAGAUGAUACAUUUGUAAAUAUGGAUCACUAGUUACAAUUGUUGCAUUGAAUCGCUAGAAGUGUGUAUGAAUGUGUCUUUUGAAUAAAUAUUUUUUUU